GCUGCCCGCGGGGCCGCGCGGGACGGGGCGCAGCGAGCGCCUUGCCAGCAGCUGCCUCGCCAGGAUGAAGGGGACAGCCAAUGUCAACUCCACUGGCUGCAGCCACUACCAGUCUGCCAUCCCAACGCCCCGUGCCAUGGCCCAUGGCAAACUGCACACCACAGCCCCCCUGAGCACCCCAGGGUCCCCUGUCCUCUACAGAGCUCUGUCCCCUCAGCCAGGGAAGAUGCCAGCCCCCAGUCCCAAGACUCUCAAGCCCAAAGCCAUUGGAAAAGCUGCUGGCCAUGAGCCGGCCAAGGGCAGGGAGGGAAGCCCCAGUGUCCCCACUCAUGGCGGGCAGAAAGCCCUGUCAAGACCCUUGGUGUCCCCUGGGAAAUUGCCAGAGGCAGCAGACAGUGGCAGAAGAGGGGUAGGCAGGGUGGGGGAGCCCACUGAGUUGCACAACAUUCCCCUAGCACAGGGCAGGGGGCGGCUGGGAGGGUCCCCUGGGAAGGGCAGCAGAACAGCCACAGCAGGGACAGGGGAUGAGUCUCAUGGUAGCUUACAGGGGAGAGGCCCUGUAUUUGGGUCAGGGGCCAUCAUUUUCUCCUCAGGGCCCCCACACAGCCGCCCCAUCACUGCCACUGUGGCACCCUUCCAGUACCGGCUGCAGGAGAACCAGGAGCAUGAGAGGGCCACAUCCCCAGAUGAUGAGUGCUCUGGUCCUGAGAAGGGAUCUGACCCGGACCCCAAGCCCAGAGGCCUGACAACAGCACCAGUGCCCGGCGGGUUAAAUGGUUGCAGCGCGGGGAUGCUGGGGAGCAACCUCAAGAGCCUUCCCGACGUGGAGCUGGGCGAGGAGGAGCGCGGCUUUCGGCGGGGCCCCGACGGCAGCACCGUGAUGCCGAAGCGGGCGAAGGCGGCGGCGGCGGCCGCGGGGCCGCGGGGCGCGGAGCUCCGCGUCUUCAAGGCGAGCAGCGCGGACGGGCGGCUGCCGGCCGGCUCCAACCUGCGAAAGCAGAAGUCACUCACCAACCUCGCCUUCCUCACCGACGCCGAGAAGAAGCGGCAGCUCUAUGAGCCUCGCUGGAGCGACGACAUGGCCAAGGCGGCAGCGCCGGGGACGGCGGCGGCGGGGGGCGGCGGGCGCGGCGGCCCCCGCGGGCGGGACGCGCCCGCCAUGUCGCGGAGCCUGUCCCGCUCCGAGCACUCGCUGCUGUCGCCGCGCCCCGCCGGCCCCGCCAAGCCGCCGCCCGCAGGGAGGCCGAGCCGCAUCCCCCGCGGCCCCUACGCCGAGGUGAAGCCCCUCAGCAAGGCCCCCGAGGCGGGCGGCGGCAGCAAGUGCGACGACGAGCUGCUGGGAGGGAAGGGGCCGGCGGUGGCGGCUGGCACCGAGGAGAAGCCGUACUUGAAGGUGGACCCCGAGCUGGUGGUGACGGUGCUGGGCGACCUGGAGCAGCUCCUCUUCAGUCAAAUGCUGGACCCUGAGUCCCAGAGGAAGAGGACAGUGCAGAAUGUACUGGACCUACGUCAGAACCUGGAGGAGACCAUGUCCAGCCUAAGGGGCUCUCAAGUAUCUCACAGCUCCCUUGAGAUGACCUGCUAUGACAGUGAUGAAGCCAACCCACGGAGCGUCUCCAGCCUCUCCAACCGUUCGUCCCCUCUGUCCUGGCGCUACGGGCAGUCCAGCCCACGCCUGCAGGCCGGGGACGCGCCAUCGGUUGGGGGGACCUGCCGCUCCGAGGGCACCCCGAGCUGGUACAUGCAUGGGGAGCGAGCGCACUACUCGCACACCAUGCCCAUGCGCAGCCCCAGCAAGCUGAGCCACAUCUCCCGCCUGGAGCUGGUCGAGGCACUGGACACCGAUGACGUGGAGCUGAAGUCGGGGUACAUGAGUGACAGUGAUCUGAUGGGGAAGACGCUGACGGAGGAUGAUGACAUCACCACGGGCUGGGAUGAGAGCAGCUCCAUCAGCAGUGGCCUCAGCGAUGCCUCCGACAACCUCAGCUCGGAGGAGUUCAAUGCCAGCUCCUCGCUCAACUCCCUGCCCUCCACCCCCACCGCCUCGCGCAGGAACUCGGCCAUAGCGCUGCGCACAGACUCGGAGAAGCGCUCACUGGCGGAGAGCGGACUGAGCUGGUACGGUGAGGGUGACGAGAAGGCACCCAAGAAGCUUGACUACGAUAGCAGCAGCCUCAAGAUGGAGCAUGGCUCCUCCAAGUGGCGGCGGGAGCCCUCAGAGGGCGGUGAGGAGGGCCCCAAGGGUGGUGAGCUGAAGAAGCCUGUCAGCCUAGGCACCCCAGGCUCCCUCAAGAAGGGCAAGACUCCUCCAGUGGCUGUGACCUCCCCCAUCACCCACACGGCUCAGAGCACUCUCAAAGUGGCAGGCAAGCCAGAGACCAAAGUCACCGACAAGAGCAAGCUCUCAGUGAAGAACACGGGCUUGCAGCGCUCCUCCUCUGAUGCCGGCCGCGACCGCACCACUGACGCCAAGAAGCCGCCGUCAGGGCUUGCACGCCCCUCAUCCUCCAGCUCCUUUGGCUACAAGAAACCAGCUCCUGCCACUGGCACAGCCACUGUCAUGCAGGCUGGGGGCUCGGCCACGCUUGGCAAGAUCCAGAAGAGCUCUGGCAUUCCUGUUAAGCCAGUCAGUGGGAGGAAAACAAGCCUCGAUGUUUCCAACGCACCUGAGCCUGGCUUCCUGGCACCAGGGGCUCGCUCCAACAUCCAGUACCGCAGCCUGCCCCGGCCGGCCAAGUCCAGCUCCAUGAGUGUGACUGGGGGCCGCAGUGCAGCCCGGCCAGUCAGCAGCAGCAUUGACCCCAGCAUGCUGAGCACCAAGCAGGGUGGCAUCUCAGUGUCACGGCUCAAGGAGCCAUCCAAAGUUGGCACUGGCCGUGGCACACCAGCCCCUGUGAACCAGACAGACCGUGAGAAGGAGAAGGCCAAGGCCAAGGCGGUGGCACUUGACUCUGAGUGCAGCACCCUGAAGAGUGCCAGCUCACCUGAGAGCACCCCAAAAGCCCAGGCCAACCUCCCACCAGCAGCCAAGGUGGCUGAGCUGCCCCCUACACCUCUCAGAGCGGCUGCCAAGACCUAUGUGAAACCUCCAUCGCUGGCCAACUUGGACAAGGUCAACUCCAACAGCCUCGACUUGCCCUCCUCCAGUGAGCUGCACACCCCUCAUACUGCCAAGCUCCAGGACUUGCACCCCGCUGGCGGGCACCUUGCGCCCUGCUUCAGCCCCAGCCCUGCCCCCAUCCUCAACAUCAACUCGGCGAGUUUCUCCCAGGGCCUGGAGCUCAUGGGUGGCUUCAGUGUCCCCAAGGAGGGCAGGAUGUAUCCCAAGCUCUCUGGCCUUCACCGCAGCAUGGAAUCCCUACAGAUGCCCAUGAGCCUGCCCAGUGCCUUUUCAGGGGGCAGCACCACCACCCCUGCCCCUACUGCUGCACCCCCUGCCAGCACAGAGGAGGAAGAGGAAGAAGAAGAGACAGGAGAGCUGGGCUGGAGUGGGAGCCCCCGGCUCACGCAUCUGGACAGUGCCAACCGUGACAGGAACACGCUGCCCAAGAAGGGAUUGAGGUACCAGCUCCACUCCCAGGAGGAGGCCAAGGAGCGACGCCACUCACAUGCAGUCAGUGGGCUCCCCGAGUCGGAUGAGCAGCAGGAGCUGCCCUCGCCCACUGCCCUCCCCAUGGCGCUGGUCGGGAAAGGUCCGCUCACCAGCAUUGUGAGCCCCACUGCCACCACAGCCCCGCGGAUCACCCGCUCCAACAGCAUCCCCACCCAUGACUCCACCUUCGAGCUAUACAGCACCUCCCAGAUGGGCAGCACCCUGUCCCUGGCCGACAAGCCCAAGGGCAUGAUCCGCUCGGGCUCUUUCCGGGACCCUGUGGAUGAUGUUCAUGGAUCAGUGCUGUCCCUGGCCUCCAGCGCGUCCUCCACCUACUCCUCUGCUGAGGAGAAGAUGCAGUCUGAGCAAAUCCGCAAGCUGCGCCGCGAGCUGGAGUCCUCGCAGGAGAAGGUGGCCACGCUGACGUCCCAGCUGUCUGCUAACGCCAACCUGGUGGCGGCCUUUGAGCAGAGCCUGGUGAGCAUGACAUCCCGUCUGCGGCACCUGGCUGAGACCGCUGAGGAGAAGGACACAGAGCUGCUGGACCUACGAGAGACAAUUGACUUCCUGAAGAAGAAGAACUCAGAGGCCCAGGCUGUGAUCCAGGGUGCUCUAAAUGGCACUGAUGUCACCCCCAAAGAGCUGCGCAUCAAGCGGCAGAACUCCUCUGACAGCAUCUCCAGCCUCAACAGCAUCACCAGCCACUCCAGCAUUGGCAGCAGCAAGGAUGCUGAUGCCAAGAAGAAGAAGAAGAAGAGCUGGGUGUACGAGCUACGCAGCUCCUUUAAUAAGGCCUUCAGCAUCAAGAAGGGCCCCAAAUCAGCCUCAUCCUACUCGGACAUUGAGGAGAUCGCCACGCCAGACUCAUCAGCCCCCUCCUCCCCCAAGCUACAGCAUGGCUCCACAGAGACUGCCUCACCCUCCAUCAAGUCCUCCACAUCCUCCUCUGUGGGCAUCGACACAACUGAGCUCUUCCAGGCCCACAGCGAGGGUGAGCCCGAGAAGAAGGAGGUGUCAGAACUGCGGUCAGAGCUGUGGGAGAAGGAGAUGAAGCUGACAGACAUCCGCCUGGAGGCCCUCAACUCAGCCCACCAGCUGGAGCAGCUGCGGGAGACAAUGCACAACAUGCAGCUGGAGGUGGAUCUCCUGAAGGCUGAGAAUGAUCGUCUCAAGGUGGCCCCAGGGCCUUCAGCAGUGCCAGGUUCUGUUCCCAGCCAUAUCACGAGCACAUCGGCCUCCUCUUCACCACGGCGCUCCUUGGGUCUCACCCUUGGCCAUGCCUUCAGCCCCAGCCUGGGGGAUGCAGACAUGUCCCCCAUGGAUGCUGUCAGCGCUGGCACCCAGAAGGAUGAGCUGACGCUGCGGAUUGUGGUGCGCAUGCCGCCCCAGCACAUCAUCAAGGGGGACCUCAAGCAGCAGGAGUUUUUCUUGGGCUGGACCAAGGUGAGCGGGAAGGUAGACUGGAAGAUGCUGGACGAGGCUGUCUGCCAGGUCUUCAAGGAUUAUAUCACCAAGAUGGAUCCUGCAUCUACACUGGGGCUCAGCACCGAGUCUGUCUACGGCUACAGCAUCAGCCACAUCAAGCGGGUGCUGGACAUGGACCCACCAGAGCUGCCAUUGUGCCGCCGGGGCCUGACCAGCAUUGUGGUGACACUCAAAGGCUUGAAAGAGAAGUGCGUGGACAGCCUGGUGUUCGAAACACUCAUCCCCAAGCCCAUGAUGCAGCACUACAUCAGCCUCCUGCUGAAGCACCGCCGCCUCAUCCUCUCGGGGCCUAGUGGCACCGGCAAGACCUACCUGACCAACCGCCUGGCUGAGUACCUGGUGGAGCGCUCUGGUCGGGAUGUCACCGAGGGCAUCGUCAGCACCUUCAACAUGCACCAGCAGUCCUGCAAGGAUUUACAGCUGUACCUGUCCAACCUCGCCAACCAGAUCGACCGGGAGACGGGCACGGCAGAUGUGCCUCUGGUGAUCCUCCUGGACGACCUCAGUGAGGCAGGCUCCAUCAGCGAGCUUGUCAACGGUGCACUCACCUGCAAGUACCACAAAUGCCCGUAUAUCAUUGGCACUACCAACCAGCCUGUGAAGAUGACCCCAAACCACGGUCUCCAUCUCAGCUUCAGGAUGCUGACCUUCUCCAACAACGUGGAGCCAGCCAAUGGCUUUCUGGUGCGCUACCUGCGGCGGAAGCUGCUGGAGUCGGACACGGACAUCAAUGCCAACAAGGAGGAGCUGCUGCGGGUGCUGGACUGGGUGCCCAAGCUCUGGUACCAUUUACACACCUUUCUGGAAAAGCACAGCACAUCUGACUUCCUCAUCGGUCCCUGCUUCUUUCUGUCCUGCCCUAUUGGAAUUGAGGAUUUCCGGACCUGGUUCAUCGACCUGUGGAACAACUCCAUCAUCCCUUACCUGCAGGAGGGGGCGAAAGAUGGGCUCAAGGUCCAUGGACAGAAGGCUGCCUGGGAGGACCCCGUGGAGUGGGUGCGGGACACCCUGCCCUGGCCGUCAGCGCAGCAGGACCAGUCCAAGCUCUACCACCUGCCCCCGCCCACCAUCGGGCCCCACAGCGCCGUGUCCCCCCCUGAGGAGCGCACCGUGAAGGACACCACCCCCAGCUCCCUGGACUCGGACCCGCUGGUAUGCUGGCCAACAGGAGGGGCUGGGAGGAGCUGGUGGCAGAGCAGGGCAGAGCUUCACUUUUGCAGUUAAUUCUCGGUGUAAAAAGCAUGAUUUCAGAUG